ACACAAAGCCGAAGUAAGAUUGCGUUACAUGCGUCUGCGGGCGUUCGCUUAGCAACAAUCGUAGAACACAGUUGGUGGCGAAAUAUUAAUUGGGAGAAGUUAAGAGAGGACUUUGCAUUUUUGUUGGUGCGAAACAAAAGAAGUGGAGCACCUAGUCCUGGGUUCGUCCAUAACGUGCCGCCAGCUAUUGCUUAUUCAGAGCAGCACCACCCGCCUGGACCUCCACAAAUGGCGCCGACCCAAACAACUACAGUGGUUCACGUUUCCGCCCCUGCAACUGGUCCAGGAUCUUGUCCAGUGUGUAAAAACAAGAGCUGGACCGGAACCUAUCCUUGUUGCGCCUGGUUACUCUGCUUUUUCUGUUUUCCAUGCGGGAUAAUUUGUUGCUGCUGCAUGCGCAAGAAGAAAUGCAGCAAAUGCGGGUUUACCGUGGGUUAAUACUGGCAAAGCUUUCAACUUAACUUUCAAAAUACUGUUCGAUGUAUUUUAUUAUUAGACGUACGAAGGCUUCAACUAUUUCGUUUCAAUUGCUAUCUAUGCUAUAUGGCUCCAGGUUUACAAUACGGACUUCGGAGUGUGAAAAAUAUCUCCUUAAUAUGUACGUAUGUAGGUUGAACAUUAAAUACCAAAUAUUAUUAUUCUGUUUA